GUUUGGCGACCAUUGGCGACUUGGCGAGUUGAAUGAUAGAGUGCUACGCAUAAUAAACGCGAUAUUUUGAACGAUUAACCGGAUUAACGUUAUACACACGUUAUUGAAAUACUGAAACUCUAACCAUGGCGGAUGUUUUGGAUAUCGAUAACGCUGAGGAGUUUGAGGUCGAUGACGAAGGAGAUCAGGGUAUCGCGCGUCUUAAGGAAAAAGCGAAGAAAAGGAAAGGUAGAGGCCAUGGCGCGGAAUUGGUAUCUACGAGAGACGAUGUUGGGCAUUACGAAUCCAUGAAUCUUGUUGAAGAAGACGACAAUGAGCCUGGUCCUCAGAGAUCUGUGGAAGGAUGGAUCUUAUUUAUAAAUUCAGUACAUGAAGAGGCACAGGAGGAUGAUAUUCAGGACAAGUUCUCUGAGUUUGGCCAAAUCAAGAACUUGCAUUUGAAUCUGGAUAGAAGAACAGGAUUUCUGAAAGGCUAUGCGUUAGUAGAAUAUGAAACUUUUAAAGAAGCACAAGCUGCGAAGGAGGCUCUAAAUGGUACAGAAAUCCUAGGUCAAGCUAUCUCUGUAGAUUGGUGCUUUGUAAAAGGACCAAAAAAAAUCAGGAAGAAAAGUCACAGAAGGCGAUGAGAGUUAUAGAUUAAUGACUAUAAUCAUAUCUUCUAUUGUAUAUCAUUAUUUCAAACAAAACAAGUUAUAUUAUAUUUGAUAAGCAUUUUUUAAAAUGCUCGAAAUAACUAUAAAUUAUUUUCUUCACUAGGAUUUUUGCUCUUUUGCUCCUAUAUCUAUUCCUAUAUAUCUAUUCAUAAUCUACCCAGACGUAAAGAACUUUGUAUGCUAUCAAAAAUAGAUCAUGAAUACAUAUAUCAUCCAGAUAUAGUCUCUUGUAUAAGAGAGAACUUUAAUA